GAAGUCGAGGAGAAAUCUCUUUCUCAUUUCUGUAACACAGUACUAGCAGCAACACCAAUUUUAUUUCCUCCAUAUGUGUUUUCAAACCGUUGGACUCGUGGGUAACAAGGACCAAGUUCCUUCACAUUCCGACGUCUUUGCGGGGCGGAAGAGGAAGCUCCGAUUCGAUGACCAUACUGCGGAAGGUUGGUGUGACCGGAACUCCAAAAGGAGAGCAUUUGAAAGCUCACCUUUGUCGGUGAACUUGACUGAAGAAGAGAAGGAGUCGCGAUGGAUUACAGCCGGAGAGAAGGAAUGCAUUCGUCAAAACGCGAACGCGGAAGCUCAGGAAUGUCGAAUUCAAGACAACCGACUUCGUCUUGGUGGUCAAGUUCAGUUUGCCUCGUCCACUAUCUACUCCAGCGUGUACAAUAUUGUUCAAAAUGCGAACUUGAAAGAUUCAGACGACGUCUUUUCGGUGCUGAAUCCAGAACUCUUGACGUUUCUAGCCUUUAGCGAAACGCGUGGUCUAGAGGACAGAACAGUUCCACAUUUGGCGCUGGAAAGGAGGUUGAUCCGUAACGACGCGAUUCGGCAAGUGCUACAAGCGCAACAGGCAUGUAAGGGCGAUACAGAUCUUAUUGGGAAAGUUGCUGCUUUUUGCUCACGACCGGCAAGGAAGUUCGCAGAAGCCCUAGGAGUCGCCGACGCUACCGCAGCCAUGAUGGAAUAUCAUAGUAAUAACCGCAUCCUCACCAAGCCUGUGAAGGAAAAGAGUUGCAACACCGAAGCCGACUGUACUUCAUUCGGGCGAGUACCGAAAGAAAUGCAUACACUGCUCGAGGUGAAUCAGUCAGGUUGAGACUUGUCGCGGAAACGAAGACCACGCAUUGUAAAUCAUUAUUAUAGCAAAUUAGAGCGUAUUUCAAUUCGUUAUGGCAA